AUGGAGGCUCUGCUUGGCACAACAUUGUUGACAGGGCAUGGGCAAGUGGCAACUUCCUCAUUGCAGGGAGGGGUUGUGGCCCUAUACUUUUCUGCCGGGUGGUGCCCUCCAUGCAAGGGCUUCACGCCCCAGUUUGGUAAGGUGUAUCAGCACGCAAAAUCGAAGAGGCGAGCAUUUGAUGUUGUUUUUGUAUCCAGUGACCGCGAUGAGAAUUCGUUCAGGGAAUACUUUGCCAAGAUGCCCUGGCAUGCACUGCCCUUUGCUGACAGACUGCGACAGCAACAGCUUUCCCAGACCUACGGCAUCCGUGGCAUUCCCGCUGUGGUCCUUUUGAAUUCGCAGGGGCAACUCCUGGAUGCCAAUGCGCGUGGGAAGGUCAUGGAUCCCAGCUUUCUGCAAACGCUGCCCCGCUGUAUUGACUUGGCUGCGGCUGCACUGCCUGAGCCCACAGAGACUACGCAGCUGCUGUUGCGGCACCAGGGGACUGAGUACGAAAUCGAAUGCGAACCCAGUGAAGGCUGGGAGAUGUUGCGCAUGCAGAUCUACUCCAUGAUCGACGUGCCAUCUGAGCAGCUAAAGCUGUUCGGCCUGGGCUUGGAGAAAGGCCGGCAGGCUUGCGCCUUGAGUGAGUGCUGA